CGGUGGGAAAACCUACUUUGUAUCGAUGUAAAUCUGCUCCGAUUCGCCCCUUACCUCCUCUAUCUCACCCUCCUCCUAUCCCUCUUUCUUUCGGCUGUCGUCAGAGAGAAGGCAAACCCUGAUCCGAUCUCCGGCGAAGCGGUCGGGACCCGAGGCUUCUGAAGAGGAGGAUAAGAAGACGCCAGAGAUUGGCGCCGCAAGCUUAUCGCUCCACAGCUCGCACUCUUAAAAACCUAGCGUCGAGGAGAUCUACUCCACGUGUACACUCGAGUCCUGUUGGCGCUUGGUUUUUGGAAGCAAGCAUUAUUUUUUUUUGGUAAUUAUGGCUACGGUUGCUAAGCUAGAGAAUGCUUUGAAGCCUAUUGAGGGUCAAUUCUUCUUGUUUGUCUCUCUUCAUUUUUGGAUUGGGUGGAUUUGAUAGGGUGCCAGAAAUGCAGAGAUCGUUGCGUUUUUUUAAGGAAGGAAGUUUUUCUAGCUAGCAUUGAUCUAAAGAAACACCCGAACUGUAUAUGUCUGCAAGCAAAUUACUGCAGAACUCUGGAAAGGGAGCACCGAAGGGAAACCAGUACGUGUACAAAUUAACCCAGUGGUCCCCAAGAGAAGGCUACUCUUGAUAAAAUGGCCUCGAUGUGUUAAACUUAAUUUGAAAUGAAUUUCAUGUUGAUUUUCAAGAAGCUGGACUAUUGUGGCUGUGGGAUCCUAUGGGGUUGCUGUAAUCAGGAUUGUAAUAAAGUUGACUAGUCUUCUCCUGUAGAAUGAAUUGGCUUUGGAUAAUAUCAAUGCAAUUCUCCUGCUCAAGGUUCUGUGAUUCUGUUAUCUUUAGUUCAAAGAAAUGAUAGACAUUGCAAAACAUGCUGGAAUUGUUGCAAAUAUUUUUGAAGGAGGAAAUCAGGUGCAGGCCAGCUGCUAAUUCGAGUUCCUUGAACUAAUGAGCUGUGGCCCAAGUGAUGAAGCUCAGAAGUCAGAAUUCUUUCUCUAUUUUGGCUUUUUAGGUGUCUUUUGUGAAUGCUUGCCUCAGACAGUUCUGACUUCUGCUUUUUUAAAAGAUGUAUCUCCAAAGAUCUGAUAAAUUUUUGAGGAAACAAAGGCUUCCAUCUUAGUAGGUUCCCUAAGAAAAAGUACGUGGUUGCAAACACUGCUUAUAAGGAGAAUAAAAAUGGCCGAGAAUGUCAGGAAACGGAUAUCUAAAUGGGAUGUAGUGCCUGAACCACAUGCACCAUUCAUAAGUAGACAAGACAGUUCGCUACCUUUAAUAGCAGAUGAUCCUCGCAAGGAAAAAGCACGGUCAGAUUGGAAUUCUUCAAAUGUUGAUGGUGAACAAUUUUCUAGGUUGGCCGAAACAAAAGCUGAAGAUUUCGUGCAUAAAGAUAAUUCCGAAGCAGAAAAAAAAUUCACAAGAUGGUCUGAACAAGCAAAUGACAAGACUAAACUAUCUGAAGAUUUUUCUGAAAGGCCCCCGUUCCCAAAGCAGUAUGACCUGGAACUUCACCAUAAAGACGGCUCAAGCAAGUCACACUGGGAACCACAGCAUGAAAACCAAACUACAGUAAAAGUUGCUAAUAUGAAUAAGGAGACAGAUGGAUGGGAUCUGACUCAAGAUCAUGGUUACAGUUCAAGCAUGUCCCCUGGUCUUGAUUCAUGGAGGCAGCGUAGUUGCAGUGGCUCUCCAAGAGCUGGUUGGUGGAGGUCCCGCAGAUGUAGCGAAUUAUGCAGGAGCAGAAGUAGAAGCAGGAGCAGGAGCAGGAGUCCUUAUGGUUUGAACCGUGGACCUGAGAGAUGGGCAGAUAGAGGUAGAAUUGGAGCAGGAAAAUUGGCUCCACCCUGCAGAGAUUUUGCAGCAGGGCGGUGUAGAAGAGGCAGCCAGUGCAAGUUCCUUCAUGAGGAUGGUGGUCGGAGGCAUUCUGGUAGGAACUAUGAAACAGAUUUGAGGGAAAAUAGAUAUGAAAAGCAAAGAUACUCAGGACAGGACAAGGAGAACUAUGCUGAUUCUUGGGAGCAAAGUGAUUACGCUCGGAAUAAGCUAUCCCCGAGGCAUGGAAGUCAGUAUGAUGAAGGUGACUGUGUGAAACUUGAACUACAUAAAAGUAACAAGUCCACUGAGCGGUGUUAUGACUUUACAAAGGGGAGAUGCCACAGGGGUUCAUCAUGUAGAUAUGUCCAUCAUGAAGUUUCCUCUCAUGGUGGAUGGAGUACGAGAGAUGAAGCCAGAGAAAAGACUUAUGAUAGAAGGGAUUUGAAUGCAUCUCUUGGGGGGAGGAUUGAGUCUCGCAGGGUAAGUGACACUCCCUGCAAGUAUUUUGCUGAAGGCCGUUGCCGUCGUGGUGAAGAUUGCAAGUUCUCGCAUCAAGAUGUGCCCCAUGAACAUUUGGAAGGCAGGCCAGGUGAUAAUAGCAUGAUUUAUAAUCUGGGAAUUGGUGAUGGUUCAUCAAGGAUUAGCUCAAAUUGGAGUGACCAAACCACUGCAAUUAAUGUAACAAAUUCGUCACAGUGGAUCUCUAAUGAUGGUGCAGGAAUUGCUGUUCCUCAGUCUGUCGAUAGAGUAGAUUCUGGACAGAAGCCUCAAUAUUCACAAUCCCAAAAUCCUGAAGGCGGCAACUGCCAAAUAGUAGCACAGGAAGCUUCCCAAAAGGCUUCCACCUCCCAGGAAGAGAAAAUUACUGAAGAAAAUUCUGGGCAGCAUCAAAUUCCAACAGUUUCUGCACAACAGACCGCUGAUAGAGCUUAUAGCAUCAAGGAUGAGAUGUUCUCCUGUGAAAAAAAUGGGACUACGGUUGCUAGCAAUGCUAGGCCCCAAGCUGAGAUGAACUCAGCUAGCAAUCUAUCCACUGUGGUUUCUAUUGCUGGACAGAGCUUCAGCCAGGACGGGCAGAGCCAGUAUAUGGGUCCACAGCCUUUUCAUGCACAAAGUUUCACUCCAAAUGCCCAGUUUCAGCAAAUUGUCCCCCCACUGCCUUUCAGUGGGCAAUUGCAGCAACUUUAUCCAAUGACUUCGAAUGGGCAGAGUCAGUUUAGAGUUCAUUCAGCACUGUUAAAUACUCAGAAUUUUAAUCUCAGCAUGCACAACCAGCCAGUUCAUCUUGGACAAAACAAACAAAACUACAAUCCUGGAGGGCAGACUCAGCAGAAUCUGAAUCUUCCUCCACCUCAAACCGGACAGAGCCAACAGAACUUUCAAGUUCUACAGAGCCUUCCUCCACCUCAGAGCGGACCGAGCCAACAGAACUUCAAUCUCAGUGGGCAGAUUCAAUACACUGUUCCUCCUUUUAGUGGGCAGAACCAACAGAACAAUAGUUUGAAUGGGCAGAAUCACCAGAGUCUACCUCCACCUCAAAAUGGACCGAGUAACCAGAAUGUCCAUCUACUGGCUCCAGAUGGGCAAAGUCAAUAUGCAACACCUCAACCUGCAAAUGCUCUGAGCUUUAACUCGGAAGAGAAGAGUCUUCAAACAAGCUCUGAGAAUACAGGCAGGGAGGGAAUUAAUCAAAAUACUGAUGAGUCAGAGAAAAAAUCGUUGCCACUAUGUUCUGAUACUCCUGUCGCUCACAAAGUAGUAACCAGUGAGCAAGCUGCUCGAAUAACAGACCUUUCAGCAUCUUUAGCACAGUUCUUCCAUAAUUCCGGACUGCCACCAUCGCAACUGUUUCCCCCCAGUUCUGUGAGGCCUCCUGCAAAUCCUGCGGCACCAUUUCUUCAGCCUAGUGAAGGGUCUUGGACACAGUCCCAUGUUCCUACAUCUGAUAUCAUGCAACCUAUUAAGUCCGAGACCGGCAAUCUUCCAUCUGGAUUCUCAUCAAAUUCUACAGAGCAAAAGGAUCCUAAAAUGGUGGAGACACAAACACAUUUGGAGAGUAUGAUUCCAGUAUCUGUUACCGAUGGCACUGAUGGUAAUCCCAGUAAGGGUGUUAAUUUGAAGGAAAAACAACAGCAUGGAAAUCAUAAUCCUAUGCAGGUCGAGCUGAGUGUGGAUACUGCAUCCAAGAAAGUAAAUGAAAUAGAAACUGGUCAAAUUAAGAAAGAACAAGCUGCUCAUUUGGAAGAUUUGGAUGCUGAUAUGCGUACUGAUGGGGAGAGCAAGAGAAGCAAGGAGAUAAAGGGCAUUCGGUUGUUCAAAUGUUCACUUGUGGAGUAUGUUAAGGAUAUAUUAAAGCCGACUUGGAAGGAAGGUCAUUUGAGCAAAGAAGCUCACAAGACCAUUGUGAAGAAAGUAGUUGAUAAAGUUACUGGUGCAAUGCAGGGCCCCAAUAUCCCUCAAACACAGGAGAAAAUCGACCUUUAUCUGUUGCAUUCUAAAACAAAACUCAACAGACUUGUACAGGCAUAUGUAGAAAAAUAUGUGAAGAGCUGAGCCCUUGCUUUUACUCAAGCUAUUUAUCUUGUUCCUUUUGUAUCAAAGUGGUGCUCUAUUUCCUAACGUCCAUUGUGUAAAUUUGGGGCUUAUCUUCUUAGUUAAGGUUUUUUUUUUUCUAGUUUCAUUUUUCUGUUAGAUUUGGGCAGUAAUAUCACCCUCAUGUUGAAAAACAGAAUGUAGCCAACCCACCUGUGUUCAACUAUGCUGCAUGCAGAAAUCACCUAACAGAAAUUCUGGUUGUUAGCUAAUGAUGCCUGUGAAGCAGGCCCUGUUCUUAUGAUUUA